AGUAGCCGGCUGUUUCGCUCGAUUCGCCGCCCGCGCACGCAAAAUAGUUCGCACUUUCUUUUUUUUUAAGUUUAAGUUUUUAAGCUGGCUGUGAUACGUUGACCUGUUGGUUGAAUAUUAUUAAUUGUUGUUUGGGUUUAUAGUGCAAUUAGGAACUAUGGGAAUUAUUUAGAAGAGGACAUUUUCAUUCGCAAGCAUGUUACCACAACUUUUAGCGACUCCAAAAAUAACUGCAUUGCUGAAAUAUGCUUAGGUGGUUGGGCCCUACCAAAGUUUCCGAAAGACAAGAGGGUGCACCUUCUAUCAAAAAUGGCAAACAGGAAAACCUUACUGAUGAUCCGUUGGCCACCAUAAAGACCGGAGAUAAGGGACAGAAAAAAGUUUAUUCUGUUAGCAGGUCAGUCCAAUUACCAAGGGUAUCUCUCAAGAAUUGCACUUUUCCUACUGAUGACACUUCUCUCGUUAGGGGUGGAGGAACCAAUCCACUGUUCCUUGAUAAUGCUAGUACCGGACAUGAAAAGCCAUACACAUACCACUCACGACCACCUCGUUCCAGAGAGAAAUCAUCAUCAUCAGGAUAUGGGGAUAGUAACACUGGAAGCGUAUUGGACCCUUAUCAGGAGCAUCUUAAACUUAUGGAGGAAGUGGGCGUUUUACUGGAGCAAAAUCCAGCAUUUGUAAAAUCGAUCAAAGUCUCAACUCGUAGUGCUAAACCCAACAAAUCAGUGCCAUUCCAUUCUUCAUCUGCUGGAGAUACCCUUUCAACCAUCCCAGAAGGUAAAGUUGAUCUCCCUGUGCCAAAACCUAUCUGGCCACUUCACGACAAAAAACUGCUAGAUCAAUAUGACUCCAUAGUUGAUGACGCUCUCCUCCUGUAUACAAGCUUAAACUACCAUCCAGAUAAAGUAAAACCUCUAGAAACCUGCAUUGAUAUUUCCGUGAAGGAUUUGCUUUUGGAAAUUCUGAACGGAAUCAAUGAAACCUUAGAAGGUAGAAACGCAACACCACCUGAAAAUAUGCUUAAGAUUAUCGACGAAAGAAUACGACUUAAACUUGAUACUCUGCGAGCAUCAACCGAAGAAGAAAUGAAGAGACUUUGUGUAAAUCUCACCAACUGCCGUAAAAAGAACUCCGUCAUACGAGCCUUAACCAAUUCAACUUCCAGCGGCAACUCCAGUAAAACUUCCAGCAGCAGGAAUAGAACCUCAUCUUCGGAAACUGAGGAUCCAUAUGAAGUGCCUUCAAGAUCAUCGAGUAGUGGUUUUAGUGAUUCUUUAAAGGACCAUCAAAAUUUGCCGGUGUUUAUUCACGACAAUUUAGUUAGUGUACCAAAUAUAGUAAGAAACGCUUUAAUCUACGGAACUCUAUGUAGGGCGAAAAUGGGAAAAGAGGGUCUGCUCAAAAAGUCAAAGAAAAUCGGUACGUAUCCUAAGAAAACGUUACUGAAGUCUGCUGGUGACAACAGGCCUAGUGUUUGGGAGCAGUACUAUGGUGUAAAGGCGGUCGAAGAGGGAGAAGUGAGAUAUCCAACUAAACCAACAGAUGUGCCUUUGUAUCCUGGUGGUCGACCCGAAGCAGACUUCACGUUGGACGUGCCACGAUCUGAACAUCUCCUAAAACGAAUGCAAAACGACAAGAAGUGGAGAUGCCGAUGUAGACUGCUUACUUCCUUUUUUGGCCUAAUAUUUUUCUUGUUGUCCGUAAUGGCAGUCAGCCUGAUCCUCACGAGGGGAAAGAGGAUGUUCGGCUCAAUGGUGUAGGUAAAGAGUGAUACUGACUUGACCAAUGAAUAUACAUAUUAUUUUCUGUGGUUCCUUAUUUUUUUGAAAAAUGAUUUGGAAUUGUUUUUAAAUAUUUAUUUAAUAUACUUCUCCCAGAAGAAUUUGGAAUUGUUUUUAAAUAUUUAUUUAAUAUACUUCUCCCAGAAAUUAACGCACCACCACCUUGAAAAUGGGUCAUUUUUGAUGUCUUGAAUUUGAUAAAGCUGUUGUCUGAUUUAAGUGAUUUUUUAAUAUGUUAUAGCCUUAUUCUUGAACAAUAUCGAUGUAAUGGCUAAUAUUGUUGCUAGAUAGGUAAACUGUCAUUGAAUACCGGGUGUAACCAGUACCAAUAAAACUGUGUUUUCUUCUUGAAGUUCGCAUCACACUGUGGAGUAUUGUAGCACUUAUAAAAUACUGAAAUUAAAACCCAAGUAUAGCCCCACGUUUUUUUAAUAUUCUGUUUUUUCCUUUAUCGUACUACAUACGUAGCAUAAUAGAUAAAGUUAUAGGAUCGUGCAAAUUUUUUUUUUUCAGAUUUCACUUUUUUUCGACGUUUUGAGUCCCCCUGAGUCUAAAAAGCAAAUAAAAACAUGUCGGAAAUAUGUACCUACGUACGUACGCGUACGUAUGUCGCCACCGCCCAGCAAAAACUACUGGACCGAUUUCGAUGAAAUUCGGUAUGAGUAAGUUUAAGAGAAUUUUGUCGAGAAACUAAGCUUUUAACAAAACCUCUUAAAGUUAUAGUUAGUUCAAAGUUAGCUCAUUAAUAGGUAAAUAGAAAUACGGAAUUUAACAUUUCCAAAUUAAAAUGGCGGCCAACAUGGGAAACCGCCCAACCGAUACAUUUCCUUACCUAUCUAAAAACUUGUUCAAGAUAAGUUUAAUUUGAAAAAGUCGUUAUAUAGCCUAAAGAUGGGGCUAUAGGAAGAAUCUUAUCGUUUUUCAGAAAAAGUUAUGGGUUGCCUAUAUUUAAGGGGUGAAAAUUUGACAUAACUUUGAACUAGAUUUUCUCAAAAAUUGCUUCAAGGAAUUUGUUUAUUUUUUGAUAUAUUUUUGAUAUCCUAUCGGUUAAUUGAAAGACAUUAGUCAGAUUUUUUAACUUCCUAUAGGAGGGGAGUUAUGACUCUUUUAUAAAAAAAUAUUCGAGUGCCCGUAACUUCCUCUAUAAUAGAAUCUAAAAUUUUAAAUUUGGCAGACACAUAUGGUAUUUUAUUAUCUAUUAUCACAAUAAAUUUUACCCAAAAUAUGGCUUCCGGUUGAACCAGAAAUGAAAAAAAAAUCUUAAUUUUUUAGAUAUCCUUUAUAUUUUUACAUAUUUUAAAAGAAUGCAAAAUUACCUUUCCAAUGACAUAAAACUUGUUGCUAUAGCUUAAAAACUCGAAAAGUUACAGUAAAUAGAAAUUUUGCUAUAAUCUUGUGUGUCCUCUCUACCGCGAUCAUAGCAUUACCGCGAGCAUUAUUAUGGGGCAGUCAAUGAUGGUAUUUGGCUCCGAAUUCCAUCCUACUACAUCGAUGUACUUGACAUUUUCACAGUAAGUAGGGAAUAGCUAAAGAAACACAAUCUACCCUAUAUACCAUGGCACUUUUUUAUCUUGGGGCGGUUCCCACCCCUUCAAGGGGUUGGAAAAUUUGUUGGUCAAAAUAACCAGGAAUAAAAAAGUGGCUAAAGAACCUACCUCUAAGCAAAAACUGGUCUAUACUUUUUUUUGAGAACUCAAUACUUUUUGAGUUAUGCGUAGUUGAAAACUGGCUAUUUUUAUUGAAAACUGACACCUUUUCGGACGGUUUUUUGUGAAUACCUUAAAAACUAUGCAUCGAACUAAAAACACUAUCUAAAACAUUUUUUAGAUUAUAAAUAACAAGAGAUUCGUUCGGUAAAAAGUUUACUUUAACGACCAACCAAGUUUUUCAUCAAUCCAGGGUGUUUUUAAACAAGUAUGGAAAGCUUUAAGGGGUAAUUCGGCUUGAAAAAAUAAUUGAAAAAGACUGAAUGACUUGUACACACUUCUAAGUAGGUCAAACCGGCAAACAGGUGUGUGUUCUCAAAAAAAUUGAUAGUGUGUAAAAAAUUAUUUUAUAUACACUAUCAAUUUUUUUUGAGAACAUACACCUGUUUGCAGGUUUGACCUGCAAAAAUAAUGACAGUUUGCUUGAUAAACGUAUGUCCGCAAAUUCUUCGUUUCCGAGAUAGAGGAUGUUGAAAUUUUUCUUAUAAACUAACGAUCUAUUUAUUGCUCUAAAACUGGUUCAGAUGUGCAAAUGAAAUUUGAUGGGUUUUAAGAGGUAAUUAUCUCUCAUUUUUGACAUAAAAUUAAGGAUUUAAUGUUCUCCAUUGCGGGCAUACUCGUAAUAUGAUCCGUAUGCGCGCCAAUGGCGAAUAUAAAAUUCUCAAUUGUAUGUCAAAAAAUGCGCAAUAACCAUCUCUUACAACCCACCAAAUUUCAUUUGAAUAUCUCAACCGGUUUUAGAGCAAUAGACAAUCGCCAGUUUGUAAGAAACGAUUCAACACCCCCUAUCUCGGAAACGAAACAUUUGCGGACAUAAGUUUAUCAAGCAAACUGUCAUUAUUUUUUCAUGCAGAAUUACCCCUUAAAGUUUCCGAUACUUAUUUAAAAACACCCUGUAUUGAUGAAAAACUUGGCUAGUUGUUAAAUUACGUAACUUUUUUAUUAUCCAAAAUAGACGAAUGAAUCAAAAAACAGAAUGUUGAGAAAACAUGAAUCUAUAGUUGGGUUUCAAUUUCAGUUUUUUUUAGAUGCUAGAAUAUAUCCCACAGUGUGAUGCGAUGUUUGAGAAAAAAACACAGAGUAAUAUUGUUAAAGAAUAAGGCUAUAUCAUAUUAAAACAAUCACUUAAAUUGGACAACAGGUUUAGGAAAUUCAAAACAUUAAAAAUUAUCCAUUUUUAAGGUGGUGGUGCGUUAAUUUCUUGGAGAAGUGUAGAAGAAAUCUAAAUAAACUACCCGUCAAAUGUUACAAAUAUCGUCAGUGUUCAAAAAUGAAAAUUCACUGUAAUUUUACUUAAAAAUUAUCUUUUCUCUUUGACGUUUAGAGUUCGUUUGAAAGUCAUUAUCAAAAUUCAAAACGUGUAAUUUAUGUUUUGAGAACGAUUUCCGUUUUAGGAAAAAUAUUUUAUCACCUUCCACUUCCAUUUUUUACGAAGGCUUUUAAGUUGGUAGUAGAUUUUUGACAGAAAAGAGAUACAAUAAGUUAACUUAGAAUAAUAAUAAUGAAAAAACGAAUAAUUAAUAUUUGUUAUUUCAUUAUUUCAAAUACUUCCUCUUAGGCUAUUGAUUAAAUUCAAAAUAAGAUAGCUAAAAGGAACUACAACAUUAACGGGGUUUUAUUAUUUCAUAUAGUCAAUGGACAUCUAUAUAUGAAAAACCGCGGAGUGCUACCAUUUAAAGUGGUGCGUUUUUGAGAAAUGGGUGAAUUAGUCUCUGGGCACAGGUUACAUUAGGGUGAGUUCUAUGCACUUUUGGUACAAACAUAUCUACAUAAAAAUUGUUCCUGGUUAAAUUUCGUAUCUAAAUAUCACCAUUUAAAGUCAAUGGUACUUUUUUUUACAAAAAUAUAUUCAAAAGAAAAAGCACAAAAUAACCCAAAAGAAAGAAA